GGGGGGGGCGGGGCGCGCGCAUGCGCGAAGAGAGGCGGCGGGUGCUGCGGAGCCGGGGCUGCCGGGGCUGCGGGCGCCAUGUCGGGCCGCUCGGUGCGCGCCGAGACCCGCAGCCGCGCCAAGGAUGACAUCAAAAAAGUGAUGGCGGCCAUCGAGCGCGUCCGCAGAUGGGAGAAGAAGUGGGUGACGGUGGGCGACACUUCCCUGCGGAUAUUCAAGUGGGUGCCGGUGGCGGACAGCAAGGAGAAAGAGAAAUCCAAAUCAAGUAGCAGCUCUGCCCGAGAACCCAAUGGCUUCCCAGCCGACACCUCUGCCAACUCCUCUCUUCUCCUGGAGUUCCAAGGUGCUGUUUCUGCAGAUGAGAACAGCAACCAGAGCUCCCUGUCGGAUGUCUACCAGCUCAAGGUGGACAGCAGCCCCAACUCCAGCCCCAGUCCCCAGCAGAGCGAGUCCAUGAGUCCUGCCCACACGUCUGACUUCCGCACAGACGACUCGCAGCCACCCACCCUGGGGCAGGAGACACUGGAAGAGCCCUCCCUGCCUUCCUCAGAAGUUGCAGACGAGCCUCCCACUCUCACAAAGGAAGAGCCAGUGCCCCUUGAGACUCAGGUAACUGAAGAGGAGGAGGACUCUGGUGCGCCGCCUCUGAAGAGAUUUUGUGCCGAUCAGAACUCUGUGUGCCACACGGCCUCGGAGAGCUAGCCUGCCCGUCCCCGGGGAGAGCGCCUUCGCCAGCCCCUUGCAGAGCCGCCCACCCUCCCCUGGGGGAUGGGGUGCUUCCCUCCAGCCCGCCCCUUCCCCAGGGACGGGUGCUCCCACCACUUGCCAUCCAGCUGCCCUGCCCUGCCCUGCUCUCCGGGGCAGGAGCCUCCCGCCAGCCCCGGCCGAGGCAGGCUGUGCUCCCCCGGGGCGGAUGGGGCUGCCACCAGAACCUGCAAAUUUUGCCUCUA